AAACAGUUAAAAUGGAAAUGAAACUUAAAGUGUCGGCAGUGUGUUCACCUCCAGGUUAUUUGAAAACUUAUGUUCCUAGAUUAUCUAUUGACAAUAUAAAGAGAUACGGAUUUUUUUCCUACAUGCUGCAGUUGAUUGAUGGACCGGAACCAGUGUUAUCAUUUCUUUGUAAAACAUAUCAAGUUCAUAAUAUACCGAUUGGCACAGCACAAACUGAUAAGAUUGCUGAUGAAGUCCCUUCAUCAAUACAAUUGUUUUAUUAUUCGGAUACAUUUCGAUAUACAACAAUAAUAUCAUCAUACAGUGGAGAAAAAUCAGUUACUACAGUACCAAUAGGAAAUAGAAAUCUUUUAAACCACAAUGUUGAUAAAACAUUAGAGCAGAAAUAUAAGCAGAAAUUACAAUUAUUAGUUAGAUCUAGUGAUGACUUGAGAAACAACAUAUCUAUGAUUGAAACUUCUAUGAAAGAAUUAUGUGUGAAACGAGAUCAAAUUUCUGAAAAGCGUAAAGGACUUCAAGAACAGAAACAAAAUUUGGAUAUUAUAUCAAAUAAAAUAAAAAUAGAGGAAAUAAAGUUAAAAUCCUUACAAUCAGAGACAUUUGACAUGAAGUUCGAACAGAAAGAAUUGGAUGAUUUUUUAUUACAAACACUUACAAAAAUAAAAACAUUACAUAAAGAUGUGCAAAAAAGAAUCAAUUUAUUGAUUCAAAAAAAUCAUGAACAAGCAAAUGAUAACAUAUUAGUAAGACAACUUAAGAAACUAUGA